CUGGUAUGGGGAUUUGAUGGACACAAGAGUCCUCAGCGUAGGGGGCCAAGACUUGUUUCUUCGUGUAGAUGCUAUUACUUUGGCUCAAAAUAAAAGAAAGAAAAAUAUCUUUCACAAGAAAUGGUUGAUGGUGAUUCUCACGGUGGGGCUUGCUUUGGUCACGGUUCUCAUGGUCUCCUUAUCUUGGUUGGCAAUGAAGAAGAGAAAAGGUAAAGGAAGACAACAUAAAUUGUUGUUUAAUUUGAACUUGAGUGAUACGUGGCUUGCACACUAUUCAAAAGCAAAGCAGGGCAAUGAAAGUAGGACACCUUCUAAAUUGCAAUUAUUUGAUCUAAGCACUAUAGCUGCAGCAACAAAUAAUUUCUCCUUCACUAAUAAACUUGGACGGGGCGGUUUUGGCUCAGUUUAUAAGGGCCAAUUAUCUAAUGGACAAGAAAUAGCUGUGAAAAGAUUAUCAAAGGAUUUAGGGCAAGGAGUAGAAGAAUUUAAGAAUGAAGUCACCUUAAUUACAAAACUCCAACACAGAAAUCUUGUGAAGCUUCUAGGUUGUUGUAUUGAAGAAGAAGAGAAAGUGCUAAUCUAUGAGUACAUGCCAAACAAAAGCUUGGACUCUUUCAUUUUUGAUGAAACAAAAAGAUCAAUGUUAACUUGGGAGAAGCGCUUUGAAAUCAUUAUUGGAAUUGCCCAAGGGAUCUUAUAUCUUCAUCAAGACUCAAGAUUAAGAAUCAUACAUAGAGAUCUAAAAGCAAGCAAUGUUCUAUUAGAUGUUGAUAUGAUCCCAAAAAUUUCAGAUUUUGGUAUGGCUAGAUUAUUUGGUGGGAAUCAAAUUGAAGGAAGCACAAAUCGGGUAGUUGGGACAUAUGGUUAUAUGUCACCUAAAUAUGCAAUGGAAGGACUAUUUUCAAUAAAAUAUGAUGUAUAUAGCUUUGGGGUUUUGCUAUUAGAGAUUAUUACUGGGAGAAAAAACACAACUUAUUAUUAUGGUAGCCCCUCCUUCAACUUAGUUGGAUAUGUUUGGAGCCUAUGGACAGAAAGCAAAGCCUUAGACAUAGUAGAUCUAUCACUAGAAAAGCCAAAUCAUACAAACGAAGUAUUGAGAUGCGUCCACAUUGGACUCUUAUGUGUGCAAGAAUUCGUAAUAGAUCGACCUACCAUGUUGACAAUUAUUUCCAUGUUGGGUAACAACUCCACUCUCCCUCUUCCUAAUCAGCCUGCAUUUGUUGUGAAACCAUGUCAUAAUGAUGCAAACUCACCUAGUGUAGAAGCUUCUAUAAAUGAGCUAACAAUAACUAUGGAUGCACGUUAA